CGGCGUGGUGGGUACAUGAGUGCGGCAGAGGAGCGCGGCGGAGGGGGCCGCUAUCAGCUGCGCGCGCCGCCCCCCCGCCCCGCGCCGCGCGGCCGCAGUCACUCAACCCAGUCAGUCGGCCUCCGCGCGCGCCUCACGCCGCUCCACGUGCACGCCAUCGCCAGCACGCGCUCUGCCAGAGCCAGAACUGACCCUCCGCCAGUGUGUGUAGUGCCGUUUGUUGUGUGCGGCAAGCAGCGCCGCCCGCCGCCGCCGGCCGCAGCUCGCCGCAGCCACGCAGCCAGUCCGCGCCGCCGUCGCGCCGGGGGCGCUGACCGACGACAUCUCGAGCCGCAGCGCGGGCGCGGGCGCGGGCGCCGCGUGCGGCAUGGAGGUGGGCGUGCGCCCCGCGGCCGCGCACGCCGCGCUGUCGCCCACCGAGCGCUCGCCCGCCAAGUCCGGCCUGCACGUCAACUUCAGCGACAAGGGCGAGGUAAAGGAGCGGCGCGAGAAGUUCCUGACGGCGAAGUAUGGCAGCCAUCAGAUGGCGCUGAUCCGCAAGCGGCUCGCCGUCGAGAUGUGGCUCUACGACGAGCUGCAGAAGCUGUACACGCUGCCUGCGCCCGCGCCCGCCGCCAACGCGCACACGACGGGCCCGGCGGGGGCAGCGGGGGCGGCGGGCAGCUCGCAGGAGGUGGAGGUGGACAUCGACGAGCUGCUGGACAUGGACGGGGACGAGCACCGGCGCCGGCACCUCGUGACUCUCCUAGCAGAUGCCAAAAAACCCCAAAAAGAUGUACAUAAAUUCAUCAAUGAGUUGCUGGAAAAGGCGAAAACUCUGUAGGCAAUCAAGAGAACAAUUCGUGGUGAGAAGCUGCAACGCGAGCCACGCCGCGCGCUUCGUGCCGCCACGUGCCACCGCCGCCGCGUGCCGGUGCCGCCUCGUGCCGGUGCUGCCGCGUGCCGGUGCCGCCGCGUCGCGUCGUGCCGCCCGACUGUACUUGUGAUAUUGCCAGUGUAGCGCCAUGUUGAGUGAGUCGUUCGUGUCACGUGUGCUUGUAAAUAUAGUGAGGUGCAAAUUUACAUGUUUCAGUGACUGUGCCUCCUUAGAAUUUUAACGGUAUCUGUACCACGAAAGGAUUUUUUGUACGCCUCUGCAUUUAAAAAUGAUUAGAUUCGGACAAUAUUUAGUCUCGACAGAGCCUCGCCCGCCGCCGGCGGCUCCCGCGGCAGACAUCUCCGCAACCUCGGACGACUGCCGUCUCAAGUAUUUCUUAACACGCCUCAGAUAUUUGGAUUACUUACGUACGUAACAUCCACCAAAGUACCUAUUUGUAUUAUUUGUUCCUUGUAAAUGUGUAGAGUAGAGUACAUGAAACAGAUCUGCUGGCGGUAGCGACCUCCCAUCACGCUGCCGCUCUUAUGCGUUAAGUUAUCCUACUUAUAAUUUACUCUCAAUUAGGUGUAGGUACCUGCACCGACAGCUAACUCUCAUUGUCGUGUCCAAUGAACUGCGCAAGAUAAAUGGAAAAUCCAAACGAAUCGCUCUGUUAUUAUUUGCUAAUGAUAUUAGCUAAUAUUUUGUGAUUUCGAUAAUUAAGUAGAUAAUGUAAUGAUAUGAUAACUAGCCACGUAGGUAUAGAUGUGUUAUCAUGGGCCGUCGCGUUGCCACCUCGCGCGCCCGCGCGCUCUACACACGCACUUUUGUAUUAAAGCGAUUUACUAGCA